CAUGCACUAUAAUAAUUACAUGUGUAUUCACAGCAAAAGAAGCACACGGUGGAGAUGAUGAAAGUUCUGUGCUACAUGCGACGAGUCACAGGCUGCCCGCCUUUGGUUCAGUGUCUGCAUCAGGUCUUGUCACGCAACGAGGCCGCAACCAGAAUCCAGAAGAUAGUGGCGGUUGAGGGGCUGUACCGUCUCUUCAGAGAGCUGCUGCCGAGUCGCUCCAGAAUGUCAGGCGACUUGGCUGUGGAGGACCACGAGGUGUUCGAGCACUCGCACAUCUGCUGGGCUCACCUGUUGGCUGAGGCAGAGAGUGAGCCUCCAGAGAACAGGAAGUCCACCGCAGUCCAGAGUGAGGCUCCAGAGAACAGCAAGUCCACCGCAGUCCAAAAUGAGGCUCCAGGUGACGGGGAUUCCAUCUUGGUCCAGAGUGAUGCUCCAGAGAACAGGAAGUCCACCGCAGUCCAGAGUGAGGCUCCAGAGAACAGCAAGUCCACCGCAGUCCAAAAUGAGGCUCCAGGUGAUGGGGAUUCCAUCUCAGUCCAGGGUGAGGCUCCAGAGAACAGGAAGUCCACCGCAGUCCAGGGUGAGGCUCCAGAGAACAGGAAGUCCAGCACAGUGCAGAGUGAUGAUUCAGAUGACUGGGAUUCCAUCUCAGGCCAGAGUGAGGAUUCAGAUGACGGGGAUUGCACCUCAGAACAGAGCGAGGUUUCCGAUGACAAGGAGUCCACCUCAGACCAGAGUGAGGAUUCAGAUGACGGGGAGUCCACCUGUGUGAGACUGUACUGCGAGCAGACGCGUCUGCGCUUCUUUGAGCCCGUCCGUAUUGCCUACCUGCUUCAGGUGUUUGAGAAAUCUCCGCUCCUGCAGAAACUUAAGGAUGGAGAGUCCAUCCCUGGCUGUCCCCGUGGCCUGCUGAGGGAGGUGUGUGUGAGGAGGGCCACUGAUGUGUGUGUGUACCAGAUGGAGAGUCCAUCCCUGGCUGUCCCCCUGGCCUGCUGA